CUCAAGACGAACCUCGUGCAUCGUAUUCUUUUGAGUCCUCGCGCGUGGUGCUGUCCUCGCUGGUGCUCGCCGCGCCAAAAAUUGUCCCGCUAAGGAGGCAAGCGUGAUUGCAGCUGCAGACAUUUCGACCGAUACGUCCGUUCGCAGCCCGAAUCAGUCCCGAAUCACCUUUCAAUUGACAGCAGGGCAGCAUUCGGGAGAGUCCGGUUUCCAGAGGGAUGUAUCGUCGGGGAGCCGUGGCGAAAAGUGUUGUUGCGCUGUGGUCGUUUUGGGUGCUCGUUCUCUAUAUUUACUGACUUUAUCUCCUUUUUCUGAGCAACACAGCUGGUUUCGGUGCCACACGAACUGCCUCCGAAGCACGCCGAUCUCCCCUCCGGCCAGGUCCGCUGCGCCCUAUCCGUGCGCGGAUUGGUUGGAGAUUGCUCCUGGAGAAAGAACAUGCGGGAGAUAAGAUGACCUCCUGAUCAAAGCGAUCGUCAUUGAAAAUUCCGUCCCGCGUUCGGAAGUAAUGCGCCGACUACAAGUAACAAGCUCUCUCCACCCGCCCUCUUCAAUUUUCACUACCACCUCCUACCACCAUCUCCACCUCCCCCUCCUCCACCAACGCCCACCAUCACAAUGUCUAAUCUCCCCUCUGAGCCCGAGUUCGAGCAGGCACUUAACGAGCUUUCCGAAAGCUUGAAGCCUUUCCUCUCGGAACACCCUGAGUACGCAAAGGCCUUCGAGAUCGUCCAGAUCCCUGAGCGUAUCGUUCAGUUCCGUGUCGUUUGGGAAGACGACAGCGGUAAGGCUCAGGUCAACCGUGGCUUCCGUGUUCAGUAUAACUCUGCCCUCGGCCCCUACAAGGGCGGUCUCCGUCUUCAUCCUUCCGUCAACCUUUCCAUCCUCAAGUUCCUCGGCUUCGAGCAGACCUUCAAGAAUGCUUUGACUGGUCUCAGCAUGGGAGGUGGUAAGGGUGGUUCCGACUUCAACCCCAAGGGCAAGUCCGACAACGAGAUUCGCCGCUUCUGCAACUCCUUCAUGGCAGAGCUCUCCCGCCACAUCGGCAAGGACACCGACGUUCCCGCAGGCGACAUCGGCACCGGUGGACGUGAAGUCGGUUUCCUGUUCGGUGCUUACCGUCGUGCGCGUAACGAGUUCGCCGGUAUCCUCACAGGCAAGGGCGCCUCGUGGGGUGGCUCGCACAUCCGUCCCGAAGCUACUGGGUACGGUGUCAUCUACUACGUCGAGCAUAUGAUCAAGAACUCGUGCCCAGAGUUUUCGCUCGACAAGCCCUCGACUCGCGUCGCCAUCUCUGGUGCGGGUAACGUUGCCCAGUUCACGGCGUUGAAGGUUAUCGAGCUCGGUGCUACCGUCGUGUCGCUGAGUGACUCGAAGGGUGCGUUGAUCAGCAAGAGCGAGAAGGGUUUCUCGAAGGAGGUUGUGGAAGCGAUUGGAGAGUUGAAGCUCAAGGGUGGAUACCUCGAAUCUUACCAGAGCUUCGCGCCGGGUGGCGAAUACGAGUACCAUGCUGACAAGCGCCCAUGGACUCUCGUUGAGAACGUCCAGAUCGCUCUUCCUUCGGCAACGCAGAACGAGGUGUCGAAGGAGGAGGCGGAGGCUCUUGUCAAAGCUGGUGUUCGUAUCGUUGCCGAGGGCUCCAACAUGGGUUGCACUGCUGAGGCCAUCGACGUCUUCGAGGCUACCCGCAAACAGGGUAAGGGUGGUGUCUGGUACGCUCCCGGCAAGGCCGCCAACUGCGGUGGUGUCGCCGUAUCUGGUCUCGAGAUGUCCCAGAAUAGCCAGCGUCUCACCUGGACCCCCCAGGAAGUCGACUCGAAGCUCAAGGGCAUCAUGACUGACUGCUUCAACAUCUGUCUCGACGCUGGUAAGAAGUUCUCUGGAGAGGACCUCUCUGGUGACGUCCUCCCAUCUCUUCUCUCUGGUGCCAACGUUGCUGGGUUCAUCAAGGUCGCCGACGCCAUGAAGGCCCAGGGCGAAUGGUGGUAGACGCCUCACCCUCCUUCCGCCUCACACAUAUCCCCUCCAUCGUCUUAUCCCCCCACUCAUCACCAUCCUAAACGCAAAACCAAAACGCCUCGGCUGAAGCGACUUGACUUAUUGUUAGAGGUGGCUGUAUCUUUACAUAUAUAAUCUUCUGUCUUUGGCCAGCUGGGCCGCGGGAAUCCCUU